UUUUGCUUGUAUCAUCGUCCAAAUUCUUCCUACAGCUUUUUCACCAAUAAUGCAGUCUCGUUUCCCAGUGCCGCAAGGUACCUUGUCGAGUUCCGCUAGCUUUUCUUUUUCUCCAAAUCCUCAGUCGGUCCAGAAUGCUCAAAAUCAACCACCUAAAUCUGAUACACUAGCCACUGGUACACAAACUGCUACUGUAUCAUCUUCAUUAACUGUUUCUCAGCCUGGCCCAUUGCCGGUCCAUAACUCUUCAGAUUUUACAAUGAAUGCAUCUACCACUCCCAAUUUCGCCCCUGUAACAUCAUGGAUGCCCACCACGCCAUCUUUCCCCAUGUCUAGUGGAUCUUCUGGAACUUCAGGGGCACCAGCACACCCUGGGUUAGUACCAUCUGUUCAGAUGGUUACUGCUUCUGCUGCUGUGGAUUCUCCGUCUUCUGCAGUUCCUGGACCCAAUGCUCCCUUUUCAUUAAAUCCAGCUGCUCAGCAACAAGCAUACCCUGCCUAUACAUCCUUACCUCCUAUGGCUUCUUCCCCUCAGGGAUUUUGGAUGCAACAUCCUCCAAUGGGUGGCUUUCCCAGGCCUCCGUUCAUACCUUACCAUACUUUUUAUCCUGGAUCAUUUCCUUCAACUUCAAGUGGUAUGCCUCUUCAUGCACCACCAUCUGAUUCUCAACCUCCUGGUAUUAGACCUCUGGGAAUGAGUCCGUUUGCACCAUCUACAGCUGCUCCUGCUAACCAGUCAUUGGCAAUCCAGACAGGAUUAACUCAAGGAAUUGAUAAUAGGAAACUUGUCCAUGAUGCUCGCACCAAAGCUGAAACUGCUGUCAAUGAACAGUCUGAUGUCUGGACUGCCCACAAGACUGACACGGGGGUUGUUUAUUACUAUAAUGCAUUAACUGGAGAGUCGACUUAUGAAAAACCUGCUGGAUUUAAAGGGGAGCCUGAUCAAGUUACCGUGCAGCCAACUCUAGUUUCUGUGGAGCAAAUGGCAGGAACAGAUUGGGCACUGGUUACCACAAAUGAUGAGAAAAAAUAUUACUACAACAGCAAAACCAAGAUUAGCAGCUGGCAGAUCCCUAUUGAAGUAACAGAGUUCAGAAAGAAACAAGAUAGUGAAGUAUCAAAGGAUCAUGCAGCACCAGUACCAACUACUGAUGUAGUGGAAAAAAAAGGAUUGAGUGCUCCUGCUGUUAACACGGGUGGCUGUGAUGCCAUGCCUUUAAGAACUUCAGUGGUCCCUGGUUCCUCAGCUGAACUGGAUUUAAUUAAGAAGAAGUUGCAAGACUCUGGAGUUCCUUCUUCCUCAACUGUUCCGGUUAUGCCAGUAUCAGCGGCACAUGGAUUUAAUGACUCAAAAGCAGUUGAUGUCAAGGGCUUGCAGAGUGAUAACAACAAAGAUAAGCAAAAGGAUGCAAAUGGGGAUGGUAACAUAUCUGAUUCCUCUUCAGAUUCUGAGGAUGCAGACACUGGGCCUUCUAAGGAAGUGUGUAUUAUGCAAUUUAAGGAAAUGAUCAAAGAACGGGGAGUUGCGCCAUUCUCGAAAUGGGAAAAGGAACUUCCAAAGAUUGUGUUUGAUCCACGUUUUAAGGCUAUUCCAACUCAUUCUGCUAGGAGGUCCUUGUUUGAACACUAUGUUAAGACAUGUGCUGAGGAGGAACGCAGAGAAAAACGAGCAGCCCAGAAAGCUGCAAUAGAGGGAUUUAAUAAGGUGCUGGAUGAAGCAUCAGAGGAUAUUGGCCAUGACAGCAAUUAUCAGUCUUACAAAAGAAAAUGGGGGAGUGAUCCACGAUUUGAGGCUUUUGACCGUAAGGAUCUGGAGCUUCUAUUAAAUGAAAGGGUUCUUCUCUUGAAGAGGGCUGCUGAAGAAAAGGCUCGAGUUAUACGUGGUGCUGCUGCUUCUAGUUUUAAGUCCAUGCUUAAAGAGAAAGGAGAUAUCAUUAUUGAUUCCCGUUGGUCCAAGGUGAAGGAUAACUUGAGGGAUGAUCCUAGGUAUAAAUCUGUUAAGCAUGAGGAUCGAGAGGUUUUGUUUAACGAGUACAUAUCUGAACUCAAAGCCAUAGAAGAGAAAUCAAAGCGAAAAGAGAGAGUGAGAAAGGAAGAGGAGGCAGAUUCUCUCUCUGACACACACACUCCUUCUCCCUCUCCUUCUCUGUCUAUAACUUCUCUGCCAUUUGUAACAAAUUUGGUUCUUCAUCUCGUCGUAGAUGUUUUGUGGUCUGGAUUUGAAUGGAGAGCUUCUGUCUUCUCUCCAUUUGGUCUGGCAAUGCUGUUAGUUAGGGCUGUGACCUGUGAGGUUCAUAAAGGUGGUCUCAGAGUGGGUUCUAGGGAGCUUUUUUCUGUGUUAGAAGAGUAUUAUGUCGUUGCCAUUGCUAGGGCAUCUUGGACUGAAUCAAAACCCAAGUUGGAAAAGGAUCCUCAGGGACGUGCAGUGAACCCUGAUUUGGAUUCAUCCGAUAUGGAGAAGCUCUUUCGUGAACACAUAAAGAUGCUGUUUGAGAGAUGUUCGAACGACUUCAGAGCCCUGUUAGCCGAAGUCAUAACCCAAGAUGCAGCUGCCCAAGAGACGGAAGGUGGUAGAACAGUCCUGAAUUCAUGGUCAACGGCCAAACAUCUUCUGAAGCCGGAUCCGAGAUAUAACAAAAUGCCAAGAAAAGAGAGGGAAACACUAUGGCGCCGAUACGCGGAGGAUAUGUUGAGGAAGCAGAAAUCAGCGACCGAUCAAGAGGAAGAGAGACACAUUGAUGCUAAAAGCAGAAGCUCUGCCGGUGAUUUUGGAAGAUACUCCUCAAGUACAUGGAAAAAUCAAGAACGUAGGCAUUUGUAG